AUGCCUAUCGAAUUAAUCCUUUAUCCAAUCAUGAGACCAUUGGUCAGAGCCAAAUCAAUUCUUUUCAGUCCACAUAGAAGAAGUUCUCGUUAUGUCCCCAUCAUUAAAGAAUUACCAAAAGAAAACAUUUCCCAAUAUGCCGUCAUCAAAAGAUUUGGAUCUGGUUCUAAAAUAUUUGAUGUUUUCGAUACCAAUAAAGGAGAAUUACCCGUUGGACCAAACAAUCCUCAUGAUCGAAUUUUUUGGUUUCAUCGUUCAAGAGCAGUCAAAGGUGCUUAUAAGAUGUAUUCAUCAGCUAUUUCAGGUACUGGACCCAAUGGGGAAGAUGAACCAGUUGCAGAUGUGAAGGCGGGAUUAAGAGGGAAUGUCUUAUUGAUUAGAGCACCUGAUGGGGCUGCUGCUGAAUUGGGUUGGCAUAUUACCAAUCAUCGAGUUGAUGCAAUUGAUAGUUAUAGAAUGUUUACUUUGGCUGAUGGAGUAACUUAUCAAUGGACGUAUAGAGGGAAAUGGUUAGAAAUGGUCCAUAAUUUAGGUGAGAAGGAAUCUGAAAUUAGGGAAAGAAUUGGUCAAGUUGUUCCAAAUGGAAAUAAUGGAUUUACGUUAUUUAUUAAUGAAAGUAAAAUGCCUAGAGAAAUGGCCUUGAGUACUGCUUUGUUGUCAUAUAUUGAUCAAUGGAAUACUACUAAUGAAGUUGGUGGAAUUUAUCAUGCUAAGCAGCCAGGACAAAUUCGUUGGAAGAGAGAUUGA